GUCUGAUUUUCAAAUGAAUUCUGAUGAAGCAAGGAGGAUGAAUCAAAAUGGCAUGCCGAUUCAAAAUUCCAACGACAAGUUUUUUGUACAUAUUUGGCCGAAGCCUUUGAAAUUGGAACUAAUAUAGAGUUGAAAAUUUUGCUGGUGUCAGACGAGUCAGUGAGUUUGUGAACUAACUACGCAGACGCACCUCAACAUCUCACUGAUGUUUGGAGCAAUAUUUUUUCACCAGGACUGUGUGUCAAUACAUUGUAAUUUGGCGACAUUCUUGUACUCGAAUACUCUUCAAAUACUUAUAUAAGCAAUUGACAAAAACAACAGCCGAGCAACUGAUAUUAUUUCCGUCUUCUACGCUACUCGGCUGUCUGAGUUGAUAGGCUACAGCUUGCCUACUGCUACCUUUACUUGAGCGUAUCGAAUUCGGAUAGAAAACGCAAGGAAAAUGCCAAUUCCUUCUGUGACCGACAGCUCUGCUGUCCCUCCGAAGAAGCUUAUCAAUGUGAUGCAUAUGGUGAAAUUUGGCUGGAUUCGGGCGAUAGCGUUCCUUUUUCUUUCGAUUAAGGCCCUAGGAGAGUUUUGAAAUAUUUUGUUGAAAAUAUACCUAUAUCCCGACCCAAACACAACUCUUGCCUCAAUGUCAACAAAUAAUACGAACCCCGCCUCUAGGUCUAGAUCCAGUACUAUUAUAGAAAAAAAGUAACUUGAACUUGAUGAACUACAUACUCACUACUCUGAUUCAACAGGAAAAACAACCGAUACUGUCCUCCCUCUCUCCCUCACGAAAAACUAGCACCUCCCUCACGAAAAACUACACACAGCUCUAAUGCUAGUUUUUUUUUGAAAAAACGGCAUUCUUGUUUCAUUGGUUUACAAUACAUUCGAGUCCGUAAAUGUUGAAUGGAUCCAGCAUUGGGGUGUUUUGCAAGGCUUCCGAAACGCGCUCAUCAACGCAUUUCCGAUGACAGACACCAACGGGGUCAAGUUCGAAUUUAACCUGCAGCAUACUAUGUUAAGACAAGGACUGAGACUCGGAUUCUUAUUCUUUGUCUUACACUGCUUUCUUUCUUAUUUCUUGUCUUGCCUAUGUGUGUCGUCGGUUUUGAUGUUGUGAUGCUUGAAAUUUUCAUCAUACUGCUCUUUCAGAUACUAAAGCGGGAGCGGAUACAUCCACUCGACCUGGUUACUGUUUUGUACAUCAUCAUCAAUCAUGAGAGGAUCAUCGACGUCAUCAUCUCUUCUAAUUUCUAUCGCAGCAAUCUUACUGAGCUGCAUGUACUUGCGGUUCACGCGCACGACCUUUGACAUCCUGCGGGAGGGAAAAACACGAGCUGAGCGCAAAGCAGAUGACGAGAAAAAGAAGAAGGAACGACGAAAAGCGAACUACGUCUCUGACUCCCUCACCUUCCACCAGAAGGGGAAUAUUUCUUUUAAGGCUCGGUAGUUUCUUAAGCAAUCUGUAGUCAAGGAUGUGUUGUAGUGAGGUGGUUGUGAGGAACGCAUAAUUCACCUCUAACCGUACAUCAACCAAAGCGGAGAAGGAAAAGUAGACGGACCUCCAGGAACGAUCAAGGGAGAAAGUAUCAAGUCUUGGAACUGUUGUAGUACCGGAUAACACUGGUGGUUUAGUGCCGCAUAUUCGCCUGGUAAAAGAACUGAAGGGCAACGGGGAGUGACACACAUGUUUGUCCGUUCCAUCAUUCAGUGAUUUUUUUGCUGUUCACAAGAUCAUGACGAUGAAAAUGUUGAGCCAUAAGAUGAUCAUAGAUCAUGAUCAGGAACUUUCUUCUCAUGGACAUUGAGGUCACCAGCAACAACGCCAUACACCCCACCCCAGCCAAUAAUAUGCCCAAGCACCCCACGACGAAGUGGGGAUACUAGCACUACCCCAGCUGUAUUAACAUUGACCCGCCUCAGACGAACACUACCUGCUCAUCGACUAAGAUUGAACAUCUUACUGGGAGCCAUUUCUGAAAUUUCGUUUAAUUCAUUUCUUAAAAUUUCAAAAAUAUUGACAUUGACUUGAACGGAAGCUGGCACGUCGCAAU